AUGAAUAACAGUCGCUACGGUGAGCGAAACGAAAUUUAUUCGUUAAGGCUGGUUCUCUCAGAGCUGUUUAGUGGUCGUGUGUUGGAGUCCAUGAGCGACGAGGAGGACGUUGACGAUUUCCGUAUUGACGCCGAAAGCAGUUAUCUGCACGUCGAUGCACGAUGCGAUAGCGACAAUGCCGCAACAAAGAGCGCGCUCGAAAACCUGAGGGGUGUGGCGCAACGGUGUCUGGGUAAAUCCAAACACCGACCAUCAUCAAGGGUCGUCAUGAUGGAGCUUGUUGCGCUUGACCGCCAACAACAAGCCAGCAUGACGCCCCAAGAUGUGCAACGACAGACGGAGCACGGAUGGCGGCUGCGCCUUGAGGUGGAGACUCAGCAGCGGCUGCGGCUGGAGAACCAACUGCGGGCUGAAACGGCUGCGUUGAGAGCGUUGCGUGACGAGGCGAUUCGGCGCGAACGAGAUAUUGAAGUUCACACAGUCGAGUGUCUAGUGUGUUACGAGGAAAUUGUCUUUGGUUCGCGCACAGACAGCGACAGCAGCACCGACAAUUUUACGGCGGUCGGAUAUCUGGAAUGCGGCGACGGGCACACUCUCUGUCGUAGCUGUGCCCAGGCACACAUACGCGAGUGCUGUAAUGUAAACUACAACGGGCCGGGGUGUGUCAGGGAUACACGCGAGCUGCUGUGCCCCAACCACCCGGGCGAGUGCCUGGCAGUUCCCUACACGAAUGCGCAACUCGCAGCGGUAUUGAAGGCCACAGCCUACGAGACGUACUUGUGCAGCAUCAUGAUUGUGCUUGAACAGGAACUUGAACAGCAGUUCCGGAACGACCUCGAACGCACGCUGGCAGAACGCCAGCAAGAGUCGGACAUUGACAGGCACGUACGCGUGAUUUGCGAUGAGAUCCUGACCUUGCGGUGUCCCAAUAGCCUGUGUCGGAGAGCACUGAUUGACUUAGACGGGUGCACCGCUUUGACAUGCGAUUUGUGCGAUCGAGCCUUCUGUGGCCUUUGCUUGGAGGACUGUGGUCGCGACGCACAUGUGCAUGUGGCCCACUGCCAAUGGAACCCGAAUAUAGACGGCGACGUUUUUGUUGAAGAGAAAAGUGUAGCAGCGAUUCAAGACCGUGUGAAAGGUACAAAGAUAACGGACUAUCUGAACAAUGUACAAUCUCAAGCGGUGAGAAUUGGGGUGAAGGAGAGACUGACAUCCGAGUUAGAAGAGCUGGGUGUUGAGUUGCUGUGA